AUGGGCGCAAGAGAUAAUGGGCAGGGAAGAGAUGAGAAGAAGGGGAUUGGAUCAGAUUAUGUACCUACUAGAGACUCCUUUUCAUCACAAGGUGAGUCUCGGGUUCCAAGGAAGCUCAGUAAAAAGGAGACAAAAGAUAACAGCCCCAGAACGACAAAAAGCAGCACCAGCCGUCAACCUCAAAACAAGCUGCAACAUAAAGGAUUAAACAAUGUACAGAACAAGUCUCAGAAACAAAAGAAAACAGUUAGUGCUGCUAAGGCUGUUGAAGUUAGAAAACCAGAAAUUACAAAAAUUCCUUCCCGCCCUCCAUCAGAAUUGUCCGAGGAAACAGAUGAUAUAAUCAGUGAUGCUGGAACUGUUGAUGAUAAAGGCACCGAGGAGGCCAAGGAGAUCGAUGUGUUAGAUGAAGCUCCACACUGUGAUCAGAGUACUGGUACUGAUGAUGAAAUUCCUGAUAUCGAAGACAAGUGCCCGAGCAUGGAAGUUCAGCACAUAAGUUGCACACCCCAGCUCAAGCGUCUUUCUAGGCUAUAUAUCCAUGCAUCCAAGUUUUGGUCUGAAGAUAAGAGAGCUUCAGUAGCUAAAAGCAUUGCUUCUGGUCUCGUUCUUGUUGCAAAGUCCAGUAGCAAUGAUGCUUCGAGGCUGACAUUCUGGCUGUCCAACACAGUUGUCCUCAGGGAGAUAAUUGUACAAACUUUUGGCAUUUCACAUCAAUUUACUCCAUCCAUGACGACUAUGAACAUGAAUGGUGGUGCCAAAAAACUUGAUGGGAAAUCUAUGACAAUGCUGUGGAGAAACAACUCCAAUGGCAAGCAAGACAAACUUGCUGCAAUGCAGAUGCCAGAUGAUUGGCAGGAAACAAGUACACUUUUGGCUGCAUUAGAGAAGAUCGAAUCUUGGAUAUUUUCUCGCAUUGUUGAGACAGUAUGGUGGCAGGCACUAACUCCUCACAUGCAAAAACGGGCGGAAGGCUCAUCAACUCCAAAGGCUGGUAGAGUGUUAGGUCCUGCUUUGGGUGAUCAGCAGCAGGGCACCUUUUCUGUUAACCUGUGGAAAGCUGCAUUUCACGAUGCAUUCAGCAGAAUGUGCCCCCUUCGUGCUGGUGGACAUGAGUGUGGCUGUUUACCAGUAUUAGCAAAACUGGUGAUGGAACAAUGUGUAGCCCGUUUGGAUGUUGCCAUGUUUAAUGCCAUCCUUCGUGAAUCAGCAAGUGAGAUACCAACAGACCCUAUAUCUGACCCAAUUGUUGACCCAAAAGUCCUACCAAUUCCAGCUGGUGAUCUAAGCUUUGGGUCAGGCGCGCAGCUGAAGAACUCUAUUGGAAACUGGUCCAGAUGGCUGACAGAUAAGCUUGGCAUAGAUGAUGAUGAUUCUGAUGACAUAGGAGAUGUUGAAGAUGAAAGAAGAGGCAGAGCUGAAACAAAAUCAUUUCAACUGCUUAAUGAACUAAGUGAUCUCCUGAUGCUCCCAAAGGACAUGCUUCUUGAAAAAUCUAUCAGGAAAGAGGUCUGCCCUUCAAUUGGCCUUCAAUUAGUGACAAGAAUCCUGUGCAACUUCACCCCAGAUGAGUUUUGCCCUGAUGCGGUUCCUAGCACAGUCUUAGAAGAGCUGAAUUCUGAGAGCUUGCUGGAGCGUCACACCAACAAAGAUGUGAUCAAUGUGUUUCCAUGCAUCGCUGCUCCUAUAGUGUACCGUGCACCUUCAACGGUGGAUGCGGCAGAGAAAGUGGCAGACAUAGGAGGUGGCGCAAAGCUGGACAGGAAAGCCUCAAUGGUGCAGAGAAGAGGGUAUACCAGUGAUGAUGACCUUGAUGACCUGGAUUCUCCCCUUGCAUCCCUAAUCGACAGGAGCGCUCCACCUUCACCAUCAAACGGUUUCGCACAUUUCAGUUCUCAGAGAGGAGUUUCUAUGGAGAAUACAAGAUACACACUCCUAAGAGAAGUAUGGUUGGAGCAACGGUGA